AUGAAAAUGUCCAAAGCUCUGAAGAAGCUCAAGUUCUGGUCACGCAAGACGAGAAAAAGAAAGUCCCUCGGCCUUGAGCCGUCAUAUCCUGAUUCCUCCCAUUGUCAUUGCUGUUACUCGUGCGCCUCAACGCAGCCAUCAGCGCCACCGUUGCCAUCAUGGCUGCAAGCAGAGCUGACCCAAGAUGCCAUUCAUACGGCGGAUCAUGCUGAGCCAUUCCCAGUCCCAGAAUUGUCAUAUCCAACUCUGUUUCAGUACCCGACACAAGAAGAUACUGUAUCAGAAACAGAAAGCCAUCGUAGUCCCAUUGGCCCAGCUCCAUCCUAUCAGCAAUACUUGGUUCCGAAUCCCGUCUAUGGCCUGCCUGUGGUGCAGCAGGCAGGUAGAAGAGAGAGAUCGGCUGGGUUUUUGGGGUGUGUUAUUGAUUUUGGCGUCGAUCUAAUCCGAUGCUUCUGUCCAUGUUUCCGCAUCAGAGAAGAAGUUUGCAGACAAUUGUGA